CGGACUCAUUUUCGUGGCCACCUGAACACGCUGGCUCCGGGCUGGGAGCAAGGAGCCAUCCCCUGGCUCCAGGCUCUCUUCACAGCUGCACAGACAGUGAGCUGAGCUGCAGGGCUUGGAGUUCACUGUUCUCUCUGCCAGACCAACCUCUGUUGUAAAUUUCCCUCCCGGAACACGUGACGAUGCAUUUCUUGACUAUAUAUCCCCAGGGCAGCCGCGGAGCUGAGCUGUCAGAGGCUCAGCCCGCCGAGGAGGACGCUCUUGGACUUGGCCACUUAGCAAUUCAGGACUUUGGACGAAUUUGCCAGCCUUUGACCCUGGCCGAGCGAGCAGCGCUUCAAUGCUGAGGAUGGAGCCUCUGAACAGCACGCACCCCAGCACCGAGCUCCCCGGCACCCCCCUCGAGUCCCAUGUCCCCAGCAGCGGCAGCGGCAGCGGCAACGGGAACGAAUACUUCUACAUCCUGGUGGUCAUGUCCUUCUACGGCAUUUUCUUGAUUGGGAUCAUGCUGGGCUACAUGAAAUCCAAGCGGCGGGAGAAGAAGGCCAGCCUCCUGCUGCUGUACAAAGACGAGGAGAGGCUGUGGGGCGAGGCCAUGAAGCCCCUGCCCAUGAUGUCGGGGCUGCGGUCGGUGCAGGUGCCGGUGAUGCUGAACAUGCUGCAGGAGAGCGUGGCGCCCGCGCUGUCCUGCACCCUCUGCUCCAUGGAAGGGGACAGCGUGAGCUCUGAGUCCUCCUCGCCCGACGUGCACCUCACCAUCCAGGAGGAGGGGGCCGACGAUGAGCUGGGGGAGAACUCGGAGACGCCCCUGAACGAAAGCAGCGAGGGGUCCUCGGAGAACAUCCAUCAGAAUUCCUAGCACCCCCAGGGCUUCUGGAGGUGGCCCCGUCAGCAGAGAGGAAGGACGCUUUUUGUGUCUGGUUUCACUUUUGCAGUGAGGCUGCCUCUUUGAAGAGACCCUCGGCAGGCCCCUGAGUGGAUGGUGGGGGCCCAGGCUCAGCCGGAGCCAGCGGCAGCCAGGAGUCCCGGCCGUGCCUGUGGUGCCAACCGCCACAGCCAAAGCCCUGAAGACGUGCAGUGUGCACAUUUACUUGGGGCCUGGGGCUCGGGUUCCUGGCCAGAAUCUGGCAGGUCCAUGUGCUUGCUCGUGUUUUCUCACUGGAUGCCCUGGGCAACUCCAGCAGCCUCUGCCCACUCCCAGGACUGCCAAAUGCCCAGGACAUGCUGGGACACUAGUUUUGAUUUAUUGAUUUGCCCAGAGCUUUGUUCUUCUCAAUCUGAUUGGCUGUAAGUACCUCUGUGGUGUACCCGUGGCAUUCAUUCACCAGGGACAGUGCUUCUGGCCUUUUGGGUUGGGAGGGUGACCUUUAAAGGAGGACUUACUGGGAGAAAGCUGGAGCUCUGACCUCGGCCCACUUGCAUAUCAUAAGGGGAAAAAGGGGGCAACCUUUAAAAUUGUUAACAUUGGCUGGGAUUAUAAGGCAUGACCCUCUCUGUAACCCACAACCUUGAACUCUGACCUGGGACCAUCCAGCUGGCAUGAAGUUUUUUCAGUUGAAAGGGCUCUCCAGACUCUAACCUGCACUCCUAAUGGCCGUGAAGGGGACUUUUCCUGAUCUUUCCAGAAAGGGUACUGAUGGGGUUGAAUGAAGCCAACCCUUAGCUCUACUGCUGCUCAAUUCUCAGCCUAAUUUUCUGAGCUGGGAGAGGACAUAAGGUGGGCCUCGGUGAUAUGGCCUUGCGUCACGUAGCUGAGACCUAGAAGGGCAUACUCAGGCAGAAAGCACACAAAGCUGGGGCCCACGUUCUGUUCCCUGACCUCCGGAGCCCUGACACCGGUUUGCUGUGUGGUCCUGGGCACGUCAUCAAGAGGCUUACCGCCUGCAUGAGACUCCUGAUGAUCGGCAUCCCCAGGGGGCUGGGAGGAUGUCUUUAGAUUUUAAGACUCUGUGAUAAAUCCUGCCUGGCCUGGUGUGAGGAAGCUUGGACCAGAUCUUUGCCCCUUGGCCAGUUAGUCUGCAAAAGGAUUUGCUUAUUUAAAGGAGCAGUUGGAGACUAGGAAGACAAGGAACUGGGAAGUUCAGGGCGAAUCACCCACCCAUCCAGGCUGUCGUUUUCCCCAGCAGUGAACCAAAGAGGCAGACGCCACAUUUUACUCUGCAAAGUUCUCUGGGUGCUGGAAUGUUAACCCUCCAGCGGAGGGAACGGGAAACCCAAAAGGAAACACUCAGGAAUGCUUGCCGACAUCUCCAGCUAUUCCUGUGGUCGAUAGCUUUGCAGCAGACCCUCUGGGCCCUUGAAUAUGAGAAGGAAGAGAAACACACCAAAAGGUCAAAUUUAAUUCUAGUAAAAACAAAAAACUUUUUUUUUUUUUAAAUUAAAAGAAACAUACUCUCCCUGGGUUGGAGACAGCAAUAACUACUGUUCCCACGGAAGGGUUAACAGUGUAGGAGCUGGUUUAUCAGCUCGCCUUAACACAGUGCUAGAGGAAAUUUAUGUUUAGGGGGGGAAAAGGGGCCUCUGUUCACUUUAAAAUUCAGAAUGUGGAUUUACUCCAAAGGGGGCUGUUUAAGGUGAAAGAAGCCAAGUUAAGUUGGCCCCUUGCCUGGAAUCACUUGAAUUCUGAAACUUUACUGCAAUGGACAUGUGCGUGGUCACAUUUUCCAUUGCUUCAUCCUGAAGUUUGGUGCAAAUCUAGCUGCGCCUAUUAAAAUAGUGAUGUAUAUACUUCCUUCUUAUUCUAUUAAGUUGUAUAAAAUUGUCUUCUGUAUUUAACAGUUUGUCAUUUUCACUAUAUUUUUUAAUUUAAAUAAACAAACACAUUUCCCUGA